AUGCGCGCCUUUCUGCUGCUUACUUCCGUAUUAAUCGCCUUAUAUCAACAAGUCAAUUCUGAGAAGAUCUUACUCUUAAAUGCGGCGAGAAUCGGGCAAUCACAUGUGUUCUUCAUGGGGAAGAUCGCAGACGUCCUCGCGGAAGCGGGUUACAAUGUGGUAAGUUCGUUUCUUGCGGGUUCGAUUUCGGUGCGCCUUUCGAUCGCGAACUUUGGAGCUUGUGAGGAGCUUGUUUCCUUCAACGAAAAAAGCGAAAAAAAAACAUUUUUAAAGCUUUCGUAUUUAGACCUUCUACCAACAAGAUGCAUUCACAUCAGUGACGAAAGUGGGUGCUAAAAAAGCCAAAGUGAUUGUUCGACCAUGCGAACUUGGGUGUCGCGACCAGCCGGUCGAAAAUGUUUGGGCGCACGGCGACGAAUUGCUGGAUAACUCGGAAAUGAUGAGGACUUUUGGGACAACGAUGGGAGAGGCUUGUGAAUGUAAGAGAUAAACCUAUCGCACGUCAGAAAAAUUCUCUCUGAAAUGUCAAAAAACAAGGGAUCUCGGAUCAUUGAUUUUUUGCAAAGUGCCACAGAAAGUGGCACAGAAUUAUCGAGUUCGAAAAAUUAUUUUUCUCUGGGAAAGAUUCCUUCUAUGACUCGAUAAUUUGGCGACAUUUCGAAUCAGUGAUCCGGGAUUCCUUGUUUUUUGACUUUUUUACAUGUGUCGGUUCAUUACACUAUACAUUUUAGCUCAACUAAAGGACGAUAGCCUUACUGACAUGCUGAGGGCUCAAAAUUAUGAGCUGGUCAUUGCCGAGCACUUCGACUACUGCGCUUAUGCAAUCGCAGACAAGGCCGGUAUCAAAAAAGUAAUCACGGCGUCGGCAAUUAUGAUACAGCCGCCUAUCUUGGAGCAGUUGGGCAAUCCAACAAAUCUUGCGUUUACCCCAGGUACAUCAAGAUUUGAUUUAAAAAAAUACACCAUUGUGAUUCUAGGCAUGGACGACGAUCAUGGAAGCGAGAUGACUUACUAUCAGCGGGCCAAGGCGUUCUUGAUGUACCCCGUGAAGAGAUUGUUUAUGAGAACGUUAUUUGAGGGAUAUGUUAUCGAUGCGAUACAUAAAUUUUAUAAACCUGACUUUGAUGUAGCUGAGGCUAUUGCAAAAAGCUCAUACGUUUUCGUGAAUGUUGAUGAGCACUUGGCUUUUCAACAACCUCUCAGCGAGAAGUUCGUCUACAUUGGAGGCGUUGGAGAGCACAUGGGAAGAGACCAUGUGCUUCCUGAGGUAAAACCUUUGUCUUUACAUUUAUCUUCUUGCUUGUAGAACAUCAACAAGAUCAUGAAAAACUCCAAAAAAGGUGUUGUCUUGAUCUCGUUUGGAACCAUUGCUCAGAGUUAUUUGUUGUCAGAAGAAACAAAGCAAGAAUUUAUCGAGGUCUUCAAGGCUUUCCCCGAGCACGACUUUAUCUGGAAAUACGAAGUUGACGAUGAUAUUGCAGCCAACUUGUCCAAUGUCCACAAAAUGAAAUGGACUCCACAGUCGGAUCUGCUCGGUAAUAAGGACAUUGAAUUUCUUGGAAUGCAGACUUUUAGCUCAUCCCAAACUUGUGGCCUUCAUCACACAUGGCGGCCUUAACAGUAUGAGUGAAACUGCCCAUAAAGGAAAGCCAUUCGUUUGUAUUCCGCUGUUUGGAGAUCAGAAUCACGACUGUUUCUCGGCUCAAGAAAAAGGGCUGGCCGUGAUGAUCGAAAAAUCGGAGAUGACGAAGGAAAAUUUGGCACAUGCAUUGAAGAUUGUACUCCAGGAAUCGUAAGUAGAGUAAUUUUUUCUCAGCCAUUUUCUUAUGAAAUUAUUCAUUGGGGCAAUUGCAGAUACCAGAAGCGGGCACUCGAGUUUGCCAAAAUGAUGGCCAACAAGCCCUUCCAGCCAAAAGACAGAAUCAUCGGGUUCGUCAAGCACGCGUUGAAACAUGACGUCAGUACAGCGCUGGAUCUGCCUGGUCGACAGCUAAACAUUAUUCAAUAUUAUUUUAUCGAUGUUAUUGUUCCUAUUGUCAUUAUUGCCGCAAUAUUUAUGUAUUCUUCUUAUCGAACUGCAAAAGCAGUUGUGGUUUAUCUUCGGAGCUUUGCCAAGGUCAAAGCGGAGUAA